UCUCCCGGAGGCGCUCCCGAGCCGCCGCGGACGCCGCCAACAUGGCCGAGACGAGCGAGGAGGUGGCGGUGCUGGUGCAGCGGGUGGUGAAGGACAUCACCAACGCCUUCAGGAGGAACCCGCACAUAGAUGAAAUUGGCCUGAUCCCAUGUCCUGAAGCUAGGUAUAAUCGGAGUCCCAUAGUCCUGGUUGAAAACAAACUUGGCGUGGAGAGCUGGUGUGUCAAGUUCCUUUUACCGUAUGUCCACAACAAACUCCUUUUGUACAGAACAAGAAAGCAGUGGCUGAACAAAGAUGAAUUGAUAGAUGUCACAUGCACCCUGCUACUUCUAAACCCAGACUUUACCACUGCGUGGAACGUGAGAAAAGAGCUGAUCCUCUCUGGCACUUUAAAUCCAAUUAAGGACUUACAUCUGGGAAAACUGGCCUUAACUAAGUUUCCAAAGAGUCCAGAAACAUGGAUUCACAGGCGAUGGGUGCUACAACAGCUAAUUCAGGAAACCUCCUUGCCUUCCUUUGUGACCAAAGGAAACUUGGGAAUAAUUCCUGCAGAAAGGACACAGCAACUAAUACGAGAAGAGAUGGAGGUCUGUGGUGAAGCAGCAGGGAGAUACCCAAGCAACUAUAAUGCCUGGUCCCAUCGCAUCUGGGUUUUACAGCACCUGGCCAAGCUAGAUGUCAAGAUUCUUCUUGAUGAACUAUCUUCUACUAAACACUGGGCGUCCAUGCAUGUUUCAGACCACAGUGGAUUUCACUACCGCCAGUUUUUAUUAAAGUCUUUGGUUAGCCAAACUGUGACAGAUGGUUCUGUAUUGGAGCAAAAUACGUUGAGAAGUGAGCCAGCUAUAGUUCUUCCAAAAGAUGAAGAAGCAGUGGCUUCAGCAGAGGAAUCAAGGAUAAAUCUUCCCCAUCUUCUAGAAGAAGAAGUUGAAUUCAGCACUGAUCUUAUUGAUUCCUACCCAGGACAUGAAACCCUUUGGUGUCAUAGGCGGCAUGUUUUCUACCUUCAGCAUCACUUAAAUGGUAGGUUUCCUCACAGCGUGGUCCAGUUGUCACCUGCAGACAACCCAGGGGGGACUUUGAGUGACUUGCACCUCAUCCCAGCAGGACCGCAUACAUCUCAGGCAAUGGAGGUGGAUGGACUCAGUGACUCUAGCAAGCAAGGCUAUUCCCAGGAAACCAAACGCCUGAAGCGGACCCCUGCUCCAGACUCCCUGGACCUGGAAAUGGAGCACAGGUUCAUCGAUCAAGUAUUGUCCACCUGUCGGAACGUGGAGCAGGCCAGGUUUGCCAAUGCAUACAGGAAAUGGCUGGUUACAUUGAGUCAAUGAAAGAGGUGGAUUAGUCCUGCAAGGUUCCCCUUUUAGUGCAAUAUUGCUUUCCUUUCUUAUUUACAUAGUUGCAUGAACUGUUUGCUAUUAUUGUCUAACUAUAUGUGCUUCAUCUUUAGGUUAAAAGUCCAUAGUAAAUCUUUCAUUUUAUUUAUUUUGUUAAGAACUGGCAUUCCUUUGGGGAUAAAAUAAUUGUGUAGUUCCUUCCUGCUGAACAGUGAGUCUUAAUUUUUUUCUUUUAAACUUCUCAUCCUUUAUAUUCCUGUACUUGAGGCUUUUCUCAUUUGGUUCUCCAGAUUGGUUCACAUACACCUCAACCCACCUCAGUGUGGUUGCUGCAUAGGCUAGUUUUUUUUUUUUUUAAAUUAAAAAUGUAUGUUGUAGUUUAGCUUAAGAACAAUACAAAUUCAAAAUUACUUGAUCUAAUUGUUGUUUUGAGAAUCAAAUGGCCAGAUGGAUGGAUGUGUGAAAAUACACACCAUUUCUCUUUCUCUAGUAUGUUCUACUCAAGUCAUAGACCAACAUAACCAAAGUCAGAAGUAUUGGAAUUUAUAUGAACAACAUGCUUCCAAUAUAGUCCAUUUUAAAAAUGGUUAUUUUUAAAAAAAAUAAUUUUAAGAGUUUAUGUAAUUGUAGUAGAAAAUUAUUUUUACUACUAGCUUUGAUAGGUUGUUUUUACCUCAAUUAAAAUCAAUUUUAAAAAAACCUAGAAUGCUGUUUUUAGUUAUUACUACUUACUUUCCUCCAGAUUCACCAUGAAAAAUGGGAAGCUUAUGCAUAGAAAUGUGUCCAUUAAAAAUCUUCCUUUUUAAAAUUUAAGUUAUUAAGGAUACACUGGAUAAACUAUAAAGUUUUUGUGAAGUGAUUAUUAAAAGUUUACUGGCAAAAGCCAGGGGGGAUGAAUAGUUUUGAAGGUUAGUUCUUCAGUCUUUAUUUUAAAAAAUAAAACAGUUUAAAAACUUUGAUACUAAAUUUAUCAGGGACAACGUACCAAAGUAUCCACCUUUUAGCUGUAUCUUAUUCUUUUCAAUAAUAAGGGCUGGGUUUUUUAGGUAGGUGAGGCAGGUGUGGGGAAAGUUCCAGGUAAUGUCUAAUGUCUUAAUAUGAAAGAAUGCUUUGCAUUUCUUCUUUCCACACACCUUUCUCUUUAUUUUCCCAUUCGAUUUUUUUGUCAUCUCCACUUUUGUAUAUUUUUCCUUAUCUGUUGUAUUUCAUGGAUGUGUACUAAACAUAAUCUCCUCUCUGUUUCCAGUUAAUUCCAUACCCCAUUAAACACACGCACACAUACACACACACACAAUAUGAAUAUGAACUGCCCCUCUAAAAGUUCCCCUAAUGAUGGAAGUUGUCUAUUAUCUUGUGUGUGUUUGAAAUGUAAUAGUGGCAGAAACAAGUGUGACCACUAUGCUUUGCCUGUUUUCCUCUUUAUUUGCUAGGUCACCUGUAGGGUGAGAAGACAGAUGUAGGGAAAAGCAGACCUCUCCUAUACCACUGUUACGGAGACUCUGGACUUGAGUGAGGAGCAUUUCUUUAAGGGAAAAGAAUAGGUCCUUUACUUGUAUGUCAUGAUUUUGUUGAGUGGCAAACUGUCAAGUGAGACUUAAGAACACCAAAAAAAUUGUCUAGACUGGUCCUUGUAGACAGAAGCUGCCUGUCCUUCUCUCUUAGGGCAAAAUUUACCCUUUUUUAGCUUUUUAUAGUAUUUAGGUGAGAAAAUGAUUGGCAUUAUGAGCAUAAAUCUAUGACCCUUUGUGUACAAAGCAUAUUUUGAUUCAAAUACCUCAAGGUCUACCUAGACCUCUAUGGAUAAAACUAUUAAUUUAUGAUUUUUAGCACCUGUGGGGCUUGGGGGGCAGACUACACACAGAUGACAUGGAAGAUUUAGCACAUUCCACUAAUAUAUGUUGCCAAAUUCUGGCCUCACUCAGUAUUACCAUUCUUCCAAGCAUCAUUUUAAGUAUCAUCAUUUUAAGUAUUAAGUAGUAGGGCUUCUUAUGCGUUGAUGUGAGAGUGUUGAGACAUGAAUACAGACAAUCCUCUGUGAAACAACAGCUAAAUUUGAUAAUGCUCCACAUCUUUUUAUACCUUCCACAGAGUCUCUUGCCCUUCUUUGAUGUUAACUGCCUUCAUGUGUUUUAAGUCUCUUAACCCACCCUUACAAGAAGCCAUGCAGUCCUUUAAUAUAUCUUGGUCUCCUGUCUUCCUAAUAGCUUUAAGUAGGGAGUAAAAAUACAAAUAUCCAAAGGAUACUGUUUAUAUCUGACUUUUGUGUGCUGCUUUAUUUCUAAAAUUUGCAGUUUUCAAGUGUUCAUUCACUGAAAAACCUAGUAUUGCCCUGGAUGGUUGUAUUUUUUCCCUAAAUGGUUCACAUCUAAACUCACUAGCUGUAGCAUGAUAUUAUCUCUUGGAAUGAAUGAGCUCAUGCAGUGGAAAGGAUGUGUCUAUUUUUAGGGACUCAUUAGUCUUCACUUAUUUUUCUAUAAAUAUGUCAUUGUUAAAGGAAAAGAUGAUUUAGAUUGACACAAAUGUCAUCCAUCUUUCACUGGAAGAAUUGUAGGCCAUCCUGUGGAUCAAGAAUACUACUGACAAGCAAAAAAGCAAUAAGAUCUGUAAAUAUCUCUACCACUACCCCUCCCCAACCUGACUUUUUUUUUUUUUUUAAGUGUACCUAUUUUGGUAACAUGGUGUUCCCAGAUUCUGUGUGCCUUGCACAUUGUAAGGACUCAUUAAAUAUUUAUUAAAUUUAUGAAUGAUUUAACUGAAGAUGAGAAAGAUCAAUCAUGAGUGAUACAUAGAGUGAGUUAUGAUUGAGAAAUUGAUGGAAUAGAGCAAUGGAUUGUGAAUGAAUGAUGUACUCUGCCUUCAUGAUACUUAGGGGGAGCUAUUGCAUAUAGAAUAAGUUAAUUUAGAUUUUUUUCCUGCAUUAAACUACUUUGUUUAUGCUUGUUAAAUCCCAGCCAAGAAAUGCAGCUGUAUAAUAUCAAUUAACUGUACUAUAAUGUAUAUUAAAAAUUCAUAGAAAAAUGAAGAACAUUUGCAAGAACACUACUUUCUAUUCACUUAUGAUGUUGGAGGACAGAUCUUGCCAAUAGAGCCAUAGCCACUCUUGGAGUAUCUGAGGAAACUGAUUUCAAAGACGUGUUGAUCUGUAUCUGUGCAUGAAUAGUCAUUUUAGACUCAAAACCCUUUCUUUUCUAGGUUUUAGCAUUUUAUUACCUCUUUGAAAACUCUGGGCCCAGACUUUUGAGUCAUAUCUCUUAUUCCUAUGGUACAAUUCUAAUUUAAAUUAAAGGCUUCAUUAUUUAUCGGAUUAAAUAUACAGGAGGUCACUCAAAGCCACUUAAGUCUUCAGAUAAGGGCUUAUGUAACACAAGAUGUGCAAACAAAAGUUCUUGGAUUUUCAUGUGGCAUUUUGUAGGAAAGCAUAUAUGGUGGUAGGCUGUGUCAUUUAGAUAUAUUCAGGUCAUGUGAAUUCAUGCUUGUUUAGACACAUACCUACAUGUGUGUAAAAACUUUUAAUAUUUUUGAGAACAAAUUGUCAGCCUAGUAUUUUUCUCUUAAUAGCACAAGAUGAUAUCUGACAUGAGGGCUAAAUAUAAUUUAGGAAUGCAACUACCACUUGCUAUGCAGCAAUCUCAUUUCUACCUUAGUUCCCCUGUAUUAGAGAAGAUGCUAAAUAUUUAGUUUAUCAAAGGAAGUAAGAAACACUUUUGUUUUUGCAAAAAGCUUUUGUGAGCUUAGUUAUUUUGUUACUAGAAAAUUAUAUUUUAAAACUUUAAAAUAUCUAAAGUAUGCUAGAAAAUUUGAGCAGCAUUGUAACAACUGAACUUUUUGUCUUCUAAGUAAAUUUCUCAAAUAGAACUGUGCAAACCCUAGCACUUUACGUGCUGCCGCCUCCCUGUACUUGAGUAUACUCUGUAAUGUGCUCCUUUUUAUUAGAGAAGUUCAUGGAGGCACAGGAAAGCAUAGGCAAAUUCAGUGUUAUAAAGGCAGUGAGCAGGAAGAAUCAACCCUGAGAAUUCUCCUUACCAUCACACAGUGUCUUUUAAAAAAUAACUGUAUAUACUGUGUUCAUUCGAGUGCCUUUCUUUUUGGGGGAGCAAGAUUAUAUUUAAGUCUAACAUUUAGGUAGAAAACAAAGGAUGAAAAUUUUAUUAAACAGUUGAUUGACUCAUUAUUUUAUUUAUUCCACUUGCUAGGCAUGGCCCAAUGGAAUAUUUUAUCCUUAAGUGAGUUACUGAUAAGAGCAGGAAGGAUGCUUUGGUUUGCAUGUCAUUAGUUAUCAUUUUUAAGCACCCUACCAGGAAGAAUUAGUUCUUUCUCAGUGACAACUAAUGUUUUUGGGGUUGGAGGCCUCACAUUUAGAGGACGGCAUAUGCAUAAAGAUCAGCCAAAAACCCUGUGCAGCCCAUGUUUAAAGGGAAACAGUGGCCCUCUGCCCUAAAAGAAGCGCCAUACAGUUGUCCUAAAUGAAUCCUUUGCCUUAUCUUAAGGACUUUAAAGAACCCCAUCCCAAAUUUAGUCCUACGUAAGAUAGUUGAGUGGGGGGAAAAAUGGAACCUUAAUCUUUUCAAAUAUUGGAGGAAAAGAGGCAAAUACUGAGAUGAAAUUUAAAAUGUGGCUUUUUAUGUAUUUGGGUAUGGAGAGGGGAGGGAUAGGAGUUCCAUAUUUCCAGAUAGCCAAUAAUUGUUAAUUGUAAUUUCAUUAAAAUAUAUAGCUUAAGAUGCCAAAGUGCUUUUCGGAGAACUGUCGAAUAAUGUAUUCCUAACGGACAGCAAUAGGUCAUGUUCAUAGUGGAAACAGAAAACUGUUGUGUCAGUUGUGGAUCUGGGGGGUAGGGACUUCAGGCUCCCAACUUUGACUUCUGUAUUCUCACUAGGCCAUGUUAACACUGUAAAACCAACCCUUUACUUAAAAAAAGAAAAAAAAAAAUAGAGAGCAGCAGCUUACUCUGCUGAUGAAAUCUUGUGCUUCCAAGAAUAUUAGCUAUAUAUAGCUUGUGCUUUCUGGACAAUAAUAUGGUCCACAAAGCUAACCCUGGCAUUUCUUUUUAUUAAUCUGUUAUUAUUUCUCAGGGUGUAGGAGAUUUAGUAAAUUUAGGAUAAAAUUUUAUAUUCAGUGGCCAAAAAAAGGCAAAAAUAUGCUAAGUAUAUUACUAGCUCUUAAAAUUUUAGUAUAGAUAGUAUUUUUUAUAAACUACUACCAGUGCAGUAGCUCUGUGACUGCCUCAUUGUUCAUCUCACUGCUUCAAUCCCUGUGGUUCUAUCAUGAAUGUUCUCUUACACGUGUCUUCUACGGAAAUGGCUUCUGUAUUGCAUUAUUUUCCAUGUUUUGCAGAGGUAGGAGUGCUUUAGUUGACAUCAAUCUCAGUUUUUAGAAAUUCUAUUGAGAAAGUGAUUACUGUUGGUUUUCAAACUGACAACUCUUUUGCUUCUUAAAACUUCAGUUUCCCUGAAAGAGUGCUUUGUGUCAGAUCUUGUACACGUUCCGUAUGUUGCAUAAAGCCUUGCACCUUGUAGGAAUUCAACAGGUCAGAAUUGUUAAAGGCUAGAAAGUUGAAACUAGCUUAUUUAUCUCUGUCUUAUCAUCGUUGUCCACAUUCUUAACUUCAGGAGAAAUACAGUAUUGUGCUGAAGAUACAUAAUCAGGUUCAAACAUACAAGGCAAAGAUAUACAGCUGUACAGCAUUGUAAGUGCAAUUUAGAUACUUUUAAGGCAUACAUAUGUGUGCGUAUUCACAUAUAUGUAUAUAUAUUUAAAUGAGAUUUGGAAUUUCAACUUAUAUACUGGUUUUACAAAGAAUUUUAUCCAAAGGACUUUUAUUUUCAUACUUGCUUGAAGUGCUUCUGUUUAAAGGCAGUUUUCUUUAUUAGACCAGCCCCCUCAAGCAAAGUUGGAAACCUAACACAAGUGCCCAUUUGCUUGAAUUAACCAGAUGUUGCUGUAAACUGUUUAUAGUAAGUCUUCAGUUGCUUGCGAACCAUGACAUUUUGACUUUUCUUCCAUACCUUUAGGGAAUCAGCCUUAAUUUAAAGUAUGGCAGUCACUUUCCUCAAAGUACUAUGCAGCAUACUUCAAAUGUUUAUUUAUCUUUAUAAAGUGAUCAGUAAUAAAUUUGAGGUUUUUCAGUGUCAUAGGGAUGAACAAUUUCACAUGUCCAGUUAUUGACUCAUACAGCAUUCUGUUAGAAAUGCUAAUAUGUUAUCCUCCCUCACAAAUGUCAUUUUGCAUUUGGAGCAGAUAUUUUUUUUCUUGUUGGUUGAAGAAUGAGUAUAGGCUGAAUGCAAUCAUAGUAGGUGCUUAAUAAAUAUUUAGUUGAUUAUUAAUCUAACAUCAAAGUAACAGCUUUCAGAAAGGAGACUGUUGUCAUCUUUUCAUUGAGGAGUAUAUUUUUAGAGUAAUAUAUGUUUGAAACUGAAAAAUUUUCUCAUUUGACAUGAAUUAUUAGGCUUAUUUAGGUUGGAGUUAGUAACGUGUAAUAAAAAUGCUGUUUAUGUAGAAAUGGUCUGAAGACAGGAGAUGUGAAAAGUUUAAGUAGUAUCUCUUUGUGCAAGGCACAUUCAUAAAUGUGAUUAAAUGUCUUAAUAGGCUGCUGAACUCUAGAGAGAACUGCUGUAGUCUUCUGCAAUCAUUGGUAUAUCUAGUAUUAUCUAGUAUAGGUACUGUUUAUUUCUCCCUAAAUCUUGGUUACUUUCCAGUGUCUUAAAAGUAGUCAUGGGCUUCCCUGGUGGCGCAGUGGUUGAGAGUCCGCCUGCCGAUGCAGGGGACACGGGUUCGUGCCCGGGUCUGGGAAGAUCCCAUAUGCCGCGGAGCGGCUGGGCCCGUGAGCCAUGGCCGCUGAGCCUGCACGUCCAGAGCCUGUGCUCCGCAAAGGGAGAGGCCACAACAGUGAGAGGCCCGCAUACCGGGGGGGGGGAAAAAAAAAGUAGUCAUGGUAAGGUAUGAAGUUAUAUUAAAUAACUUCUACUUGUUUUUUGAGAACAUGUUCAAAAUGAAGGAGAAAUUUUUAUGAAUAAUAUAGUCGUUUCAGAGUCUAUUAAUUUGUGGCUUUCAGAGCAUUUUUGACAGACUUUACCUAAUGCAAACAGAUUUAAACAGUUUAAAAACAAGCAUUCCAACCUGAGCUGUGAGAAGCAGCGUGUGCAGCACAAGCGUAUUUAGGCAUUGCCUCCUGGCGAGGUUCUUGAUGCAUGGCUAUGACGCUGGCUUCUGACUGAGGUCACCACUGUUGGUAUUGUAUUUUGGUGCUUGUUGUUCCUAGGAAAAUAAUGGAGUAUGUACUAGGUUAACUUGUUUUUUGAGUUGGACAAAAUAAAAGAUGAGGUAUUAUGAAUAUACCAAAUAUUUAUAUCCUCUACUACAAAAAAACUAAAAAAGGAGGAGGGGAAGAAAAUGAUAAAAGAGCAAUGAUCUUUUUUUUUUAAUAGCUUCUAAAAACCUUUUUUUCAAUCCACGUCUCUUGGACACUAGGUAGUUGCUUACUUUAACACUGAGGGACUUUAAGGGAUAGUUCUUAGCUACUAUAUUCUGCUAUUAGAAUCCGUUAUGUGUGUUAAUUUACAUUGCUUGAAGAUUCUCCAGAAAAUGGAGCAUUUAAGUAGGUUGCAAUCAGUGUUUUAAGAUUUUCUUUUAGGUUAUGGUUAAAUGGACAAGUUACAUGUAUGAUCUGUGGUGCAAGGUCAGAUCCUGGGCAUUAAAGAUAAGUUUGGCUAACUUAUUUUACUGAAGAUACUAAUUGUCUUCACUAUUAAACUAUUUUCCCCCAAUAUAACAGUCUGCAUUGAAUUUCCUUUAGCUCUAACCAUAUUCUAGUUGACGUUUUUUAAGGAUUAAAUAUUUUGUGAAUUCUUUUUACACUUAAAAUGUGUAAUUGCAGAGGCAUAAAAAUAAAUUUUGCAAUAACGUACAUACAGAGUGUGUUUACGGUGUUCUGAGAGUUAGUACUCCAGAGCGCUUUAAAUGUGAUGCUAAGUGCUAAGGCUGAUGUAAUGACUAUAGACGUCUGUAUCAGUGCUAUCCAGUAGAAAUAAAUGUGAGCCACAUAUGUAAUUUAAAAUUCUCUAGUAGCCACAUUAAAAAAAGAAACACAUAAAAUUAAUAUUUUAAUUAACCCAAUAUAUUAAAAAUGUUAUCUUUUAGGUAUGUAAUCAAUAUACAAAAUAGAGGUGUUUUACCUUCUUUUUUCUCCAUAGUAAGUCCUCAAAAUUCAGCGUGUAUUUUGCACUCAUGUGCAUCUCAGUUCUGACUAGCUACAUUUUAAAUACUCAAAAAGCCACUUGUGGAUGAGGGCUGCUAUACUGGACAGUGUAGAUUCAUAGAAUACAAAGUAUGGCUUUACUUUAAAUUGGAGGUGGUGAGGUAGGCAUGAAAUUAUGGUACUUUAAAAAUUAUUUAGUAUACUUAGAAAAGCAUCGAACAGAAUUGUCCACUCGUUUUUUUGUCUUCAUUUAAAAUUUUCUCUAGAAGUAGGGUCAACCAGUUUCAAUUUGCCAAGCAUUAUUUAAGAAGGAAGGAUUUCUGUGCAUGUAAAAUACCAUGAUAUGCUGAUUAUAACAACAUAUUAUUAACAACACAUUUUUCAAUGUGUUCACUAAAUUCUGUCCUGUUUCUUCAAAAUAAUAGCUUAAAUUGCAUGUUAAUUAUAUAUCUGUACCUAUUUUGUUUUUAUAUUAUUGUUAUAAUACAAUAAUAUGUAUUAACAAACAGCCCUCGGAUUCUAAUCUGCCUAUGCAGCUGUCCUCCAGUACUUACUGGUAUACAUAUUAAGUUGUAAUAAGUGGCAGAAAAGUAGAAUGAACUUUUUUUUCCCAUUAUAUUUGUUUUUAUCAUGUGACCAUGUACCAAGCCAGCUAUAAAUUAUUGUAUUUCUGUAGAAUAUGGAAAAUAGUGUUUAUGUCUUGUCUUUGCUAAAUGUUUGCAAUUUCUAAGUAAACUUUUCAUCUCCUAAAAUGAGUGUUAAGUGUGAUUUUAUUUUUACUUGUGGUGGUGUUUUAAACUCAACUUCAGUCUCCCAAUUUGUCCUGUUUAAUUGCUGUGAUAGUGGUAGUUGGGUGGAGGUGUGAACUGUUGUCUGUGUGAAGCCAAUGAUUUGAUUACCUACAUUUGUAAAAAGAAUUUAAACAUAUCACUUGUGUCUAGGACAUUAAAAAAAAAUGCCCAAAACAAAUUAGAGCGCAGUUGUC